UGCGCAUGCUUGAAGUCGCGACCGCGUAGUUGUUUGAGACAUUUGAAAGCUGGGCAAACUCCUGCGCUGUCAUUACUAGCCGGUUGGUCCACUGAAUUGAAGAGCUGGGGCACCAUGGAUCUGAAUGAUGCCAAUUUCAAUACCUUAACUGAUUUUAUGAGGAAGACGCUGGAUCCAGACCCCGCGGUCAGACGGCCAGCUGAGAAGUUUCUUGAAUCUGUGGAGGGAAACCAGAACUACCCCAUACUGCUCCUCACAUUACUUGAGAAGUCCCAGGAUAAUGUCAUUCGUGUGUGCUCUGCUGUCACCUUCAAAAAUUACGUGAAGAGGAAUUGGCGCAUAAUUGAAGAUGAACCUAACAAAAUUUCUGAUCCAGACCGGACAGCCAUAAAGGCAAACAUUGUAAAUUUGAUGCUCAGUAGCCCUGAGCAGAUUCAGAAACAGCUGAGCGAUGCGAUCAGCAUCAUUGGCCGAGAGGACUUCCCUAUGAAAUGGCCGGACCUGCUGACAGAGAUGGUGACUCGCUUUCAGAGUGGAGAUUUCCACAUCAUCAACGGUGUUCUCCAAACGGCACACUCACUUUUCAAAAGAUAUCGUCAUGAGUUUAAGUCUAAUGAGCUAUGGACUGAGAUCAAGCUGGUACUGGACACGUUUGCACAGCCUUUAACAGAGCUCUUCAAGGCCACAAUUGAGCUUUGUCAAACCCACGCCACAGACAUCAAUGCCCUGAAGGUCCUCUUCUCCUCCCUAACACUGAUCUCAAAGCUCUUUUACAGUCUUAAUUUUCAGGAUCUACCAGAGUUCUUUGAGGACAACAUGGAGACCUGGAUGUCAAAUUUCCAUAACCUGCUGACUUUGGAUAAUAAGCUUCUUCAGACAGAUGAUGAGGAGGAAGCUGGACUCCUGGAGCUGCUCAAGUCUCAGAUCUGUGACAACGCAGCACUCUACGCUCAGAAAUACGACGAGGAGUUCCAGCCCUAUCUGCCACGCUUUGUCACCGCCAUCUGGAACCUUCUAGUUACCACGGGCCAGGAGGUCAAGUAUGAUCUGCUUGUGAGCAAUGCCAUUCAGUUCCUGGCAUCAGUCUGUGAGCGGCCACACUACAAACAUCUGUUUGAGGACCAGAACACUCUCACCAGCAUUUGUGAGAAGGUCAUCCUUCCCAACAUGGAGUUCAGAAGUGCGGAUGAAGAGGCCUUUGAAGAUAACUCUGAGGAAUACAUCAGAAGAGACCUGGAAGGCUCCGAUAUUGAUACGCGCCGAAGAGCAGCCUGUGAUUUAGUGCGAGGCCUGUGUAAGUUCUUUGAGGCCCCCGUGACGGCCAUCUUCUCCGGCUAUGUGAACACAAUGCUGUCAGAGCACGCCAAGAAUCCAGGAGCCAACUGGAAGCACAAGGAUGCUGCCAUUUACCUGGUGACAUCAUUAGCCUCCAAGGCACAGACACAGAAGCAUGGAAUUACACAGGCCAAUGAGUUGGUGAACCUGUCCGAGUUCUUUGUCAACCACAUUCUUCCAGACCUGAAAUCUCAAAAUGUAAACGAGUUUCCAGUACUUAAGGCCGAUGCCAUCAAGUAUGUCAUGAUCUUCAGGAGUCAGCUCCCGAAGGAGCAGCUUCUGCAGGCCAUCCCCCUGCUGGUGGCCCACCUGCAGGCCGAGAGCAUCGUGGAGCACACCUACGCGGCGCACGCCCUCGAGAGGCUCUUCACCAUGAGGGGCCCCAACAACUCCACACUCAUCACUCCAGCAGAGAUGGCUCCCUUCACGGAACAGCUGCUCAACCACCUGUUCAAGGCCCUUGCCAUUCCUGGCUCAUCAGAGAACGAGUAUAUCAUGAAGGCCAUCAUGCGCAGCUUUUCCCUCCUACAGGAAUCCAUUGUACCCUAUGUCCCCACUCUGAUUGGUCAACUCACACAUAAGCUCCUCCUUGUCUGCAAGAAUCCCAGCAAGCCCCACUUCAACCACUACCUGUUUGAGUCCCUGUGCCUGUCCAUCAGGAUCACCUGCAAGGCCAACCCCACCACCGUGGGCAGCUUCGAGGACGCGCUCUUCCCCGUCUUCACGGAGAUACUGCAGACCGACGUACAGGAGUUUGUGCCCUACGUGUUCCAGGUGAUGUCUCUGCUGCUGGAGAUCCACGCCAACUCCAUCCCCGACUCCUACAUGGCUCUGUUUCCGCACCUGCUGCAGCCCGUGCUGUGGGAGCGCACCGGGAACAUACCCCCUCUGGUGCGACUGCUCCAGGCCUACCUGCAGAAGGGAGGCGCUAGCAUCGCCAGCAGCGCAGCCGACAAGAUCCCUGGGCUGCUGGGAGUUUUCCAAAAGCUGAUCGCCUCAAAGGCCAACGACCACCAAGGCUUCUACCUGCUCAACAGCAUCAUUGAGCACAUGCCACCGGAGUCCAUCCUUCAGUACAGGAAGCAGAUCUUCAUCCUUCUCUUCCAGAGGCUGCAGAGCUCCAAAACCACCAAGUUCAUCAAGAGCUUCUUGGUCUUCAUCAACCUCUACUCUGUCAAAUAUGGAGCCAUUGCUUUGCAGGAGAUAUUUGAUUCAAUCCAGCCAAAGAUGUUUGGCAUGGUCGUGGAGAAGAUCAUCAUUCCAGAGGUUCAGAAAGUCUCUGGCCCGGUGGAGAAGAAGAUCUGCGCUGUGGGCAUCACAAAAAUCCUGACGGAAUGCCCUUCCAUGAUGGACACGGAGUACACCAAACUCUGGACGCCUCUGCUUCAGGCCCUGAUUGGUCUGUUUGAGUUACCGGAAGAUGACAGUGUCCCUGACGAUGAGCAUUUCAUCGACAUCGAGGACACGCCCGGGUACCAGACGGCCUUCUCACAGCUGGCCUUUGCUGGGAAGAAGGAGCACGACCCCAUCGGCGAGGCCGUCGGCAACCCCAAGAUCCUGCUGGCUCAGUCCCUGCACAAGCUGUCCACCGCCUGUCCUGGACGGGUUCCCUCCAUGCUGAGCUCCAACCUGAAUGCAGAAGCACUCCAGUACCUGCAGGGCUACCUCCAGGCUGCUAGCGUACAGUUGGUGUGAGGAGCCCGACUGCUUGGCCCUCCACUGCCCACGGAGGGCCACAGGCGUGAGGAUCCGCUAGGCGUGGAGCACUUGUCUCCAGCGGAACGACUCCUGGAACCGGAUAGACAGCCAGACAGACGGACCUGGACUGGACUUCACCCUAACGGAAACAUUGCUCUGACUUUUUGACAUUUCAUUGAAUUGACACUUUGGGCAAACUGACUCUACAACAGCCCUUUGAAGAGUCAGGGAGUUUCAAGCAGUUUUAGAGGGGGGGGAAACAACAAAAGGGGAAGGAACAUGAGGACCACUAAUGAUUAUCAGGAGUAACAGCCUUACAUGAGUGGUGUGCGCUUAUUUUUUUUCUUCCUGGCUGUGGGCCAAGCAGCUUUCUGCUCUGCUCAGGCAGGCGGAACCAGGACCACAUUGGUUACAUGGAACGCUGUUAUAACGUUUGUGUGUGUGUCAAUUUGGUUUGUCUAACUGCUGGUUUUUGCAUCAGUUGCUCUGUAUUCCAUCAUUCAUUAGUAAAAAAGGAAUCUUUGCCCCGUCUAAAGUGUUCCGGAACCGAACUAACAGACUCAUUAAUGACUUAAGGAUUUAAGAGACCCAACUUUGCAGUUGGUUUGUGAUGAGUUGGAGAUCUUAACAAUCAUUGGGAAGCGUUUGUUUUUCUCAUCUGUAGAUUGCCUGUUUUUACUGUAAUGGAGAGGACUUGGCUCACAAAUGUCUGCUCUUUUUUUUUUUUUUUUGUCUGCUCUUUUUUUCCUUUGUCGCAUGUUUUUGUUUUGUCUAAAUGUCAGCUCUUAGUUUCUGUUGCUUUGUUACUAAAAAUGGUAAUAAAGAGAAGCACUUGUGUAAUACUC